UACUUGAGCCAACGAAGAGGUAAGAGGUUUGUUCCCCCCACCCUCUCUCUUUUAGCGCGCGCUCUAUCUCUCCCUUUCUCAAAUUACUUCUGGUUUGUGUUUUCACAUUUUCCGGUGAGGUGCGGUCGGAGAAUCCAUUUUCCGUCAACUCUCAGGCAUCUGGCAUGUGGGUAGACAGUAGCUUUAGCUACUACUCCAAAAGUCUGGAAUCAACUUCAAGAAGUGGUUUGCUUGCUUUUCCACUACCACAAGUUACUAGGUGUCAGGAGUGGGACUGGGAAAGUUUAGUGUUGCUUGAAGGCUGAAAUGAUAAACAAUAAAGCAGUUUUAACAUACAAACGAAAGCGAACAUCAUCAAAACCUGGACUUAGUGGUGGAAUUCAGUACUCAAGUCAGCAUGAAGAAUCAAGUAAAAAGUGUUUAGCGGCAAAUGAGAAAGGAGAUGCAGGGCUCUGUAUUAAAUCUUCUGAUAAUGGCGGCAAGCUGCUGCACUGUGAUAUCUGCCUUCAACCUUAUAAUCUUCAAUGCAAUGAAUCCCCAACUGAGUAUAUUGCUCAUCAGCAAUGGCUAUGCUCUGCUUGUGCUAAACAAGAAAACUCAGGAAAGUCUCAGCAACAGUCAGGGACAAAAAUGGAAAGGAAGGAUAUUGAAGGAUCUGAGACAAGAUCAAUAGACCUUUGUUCUCAUAAAGGGCUUUCGAUGAGGAAAUCCAUUGAGGAUGAACACAGGAAUGAAACAGGUGGCGCCUUUCAAAAUGUUGCAUCCUCUGAAAGGAUUUCUAAUUACAUCCAGAUAUGUUCAUGCUCAAAUAUGUGCUCUGAAUCCACCCACAAGAGUCCACAGACAGAAGCAAGUUCAAAUACUCUAGUGGUAGACAUAGACACAGAAAUCAACAUAAAUUCUGUAUGUUUAGACUCAGAAGGUGAGAAAAAUGCCAGCUGUGGAUCUCCAAGUUCCUCCGUGCUGAAGAGAGUUGAUUCAGAAAGCACUGAUUUUCUCUCGAAAGAUAAGUCCAAUUUACUGUGCACUAAUACACACCUUAAAAGGAAAUACAGUGCACCACUAAUAACUUUCAGUCGAAGAGCCAAAAGGAAGAGGCAUGUCAACAACACAGAGGCACCAAACCAAUCGACAAUCGAGGAAAAAAGGUUUUUAGAGAACGAUUGGUGUAACUCUAGAUCAGAUGUAAGCUCUUCUCACGAAGGAACCUCUCAAAAGUGUAGCUCAGUAGAUCAGCAGAAUGCUUUAAUAGUAUUAGGAGAAGGCCCUGAUGUUAGCCAUUCAGUUGUUAAAAGAAAAGAUAAGUUGAACAACAACAAAGAAAUUGGAAGUGGCGAACUUACUUCUGGAGGAUGUUUUCAAGAUGAAACUAAAAUUGUCAAGCAUAUGGAACGAAAGCAGUGUGAACAUGGAUACAUAUCAGAAAACAGGUUAUCAACUGUUGAAUAUCUACAGGGCCUAAGUUCCACUAUGAAUCUUUCUUCUUUCCAAGCUGUAGGUACAGAAACAUCUUCAAAGGCAACAGACAUCAAGGUAAAAGAUCAAAGACAAUCUGAUCUACCCAAGAUAGGAGCUAUUCGACAAAAAACUCAAGUUUUAAAUGGUGUUGGUGUGGAAGAAACUGUCAAGCCUGUUGGCCUUUUAGGUGAUAAAGACUCCCUGGGCCAUCUGCAUCCAUCUAUUGCACUUCCUGAACCAAGCUGCUGUGAACCAACUACUGGUGCUUCAUCUGAAACUUCUUUUGAACUUUCAAAAAACUCGAACAAUGCUACUUCUUUGCAUAAAAAGUUCAAUCAUAGAGGCAAAGGUUUGGGGUCUUUGGAACCCAUUGCUAUGACAGUGAAGGAGAGGCUAUCUUCAAAUCAAACAUGCACAAGUAGGGAUGAAGAUGACAACUACAAGGAUUACAGAACGACUCCUGCAGUGUUGCCAAUUAGUAUUUAUUCACAGGAUCUCUGUCUGAAGAGGAUUUCAGAAGACAUUGUUAAUGACAUGGCUCCACUAGCAUGUGUGACACCAGAGCCAAUUGCUUCUAUGAAUUUUAAAGGAAGAGUAUUACCUAUUCGGUCAAGAAAUGAUGAUAAUCUAUCCAAACCAAUUUUAACAAAACCUUUUUUCUGCCCUCCUCAUUUUCUUGGUUUAUCCUUGCAAACAGAGCCUGCAACUGCAGCUAGUACAUCAGAAGACCACUCCACCAUAUCUUCAUUUCCAAGUUUUGAAAUUAAACAAAAAGGUUCUGUUCAGGAUUUGAUGCCCCAAACUGGUUCAGACCAGUUGAGACACAAGCUGAUGCUUGACAGCGUUUUAACUAGAUCGAGAACAUUUAAAGGAAGCCAAUCUUCAUCAGAAAAUCUCAAGGGGUACACGAUUGCAUGGUCAGAAGAAGAAUUAGAUUAUCUUUGGAUAGGAGUAAGGAGACAUGGAAGAAGCAAUUGGGAAGCUAUGUUACGAGACCCAAGGUUGCAUUUCUCAACAUGGAGGGUGGCAAGGGACUUGUCUGCAAGAUGGGAUGAGGAGCAAUCCAAGCUUUUGAAUGGUACACUAAUUCAACCACAAAGGUUGAUAUCACAAGGCUCUCCAGUCUCUGGCAGUGGCUUAUGGACUAAAAAGACUGCAGUGGCUAGCCAUUAUGGCAAUUAUUACACUGAGAGUCAGAGACUAGCAAGAUCUGAUGCGCUUAUGGAUGAAACUCAACUUUCUCUUGGAGAUGUAUAUGUCCAAAAAGAUAGAAAUAUCCCAAAGAAAUAUACAUUCAAUCUGCCCAUCCCUAAUCUUAUGCCUCAAACAGUGGCAGUGAACGACAAUCCAGACAAUGUAUCUUGUGUUACAAGUAAUGGCAUAAGAAAUCCAGCUUCUCAAAAAAUUGGAACCAAACAACAUCAAAAGCACACAAGGUGCCAAGGGAAUCAGUCACAUUCAGGUAGCAAACAUGCAAGAUAUGUUGAGGGGUUUCCCAUUCUUCAGCAGAAACCUCUCGACCGAGCAGCAGGUCAUGGACUGCAGAAUGGAGAGCUAUUCAAUCAAGGAGAAGGCAGAGGAACUUCCAGUCAUUCCUCAUCCCCAGAUGAUGGAUCUUCUUGUUUUCCCUCAAAUAGCAAUUUGCCUCAUUGGCUCAAAGAAGUUGUCAGUGUUCCUUUAAGGCCAAUGGAGUCAUCUGUGCCUCCAGAUAUUUUAUCCAUGAAACAGUCAUUGAGCUUGCUUUACAAUGGCCAGAAACAGGUUGUCCUGCCUUUUUCCAGUCCUGAUGCAUUGUCAAUCCAACAAAAAAAUCCUCAAGGGCUGAUGAUGAGUAGAAUUAACAAGUCAGGAAGCCUAAGGGCAUCAGAAUUGUUACCACAUACUGCCAACUCCAACUUUUCCUUAAUGGGGCCUAGAUUAAAUCAUCAUUCUGGCACAAGUUCAAACUCCUUAAUGCCUGAAUUUGAAAACCAGAAUAUCAAGAUUGGUUUAGCCGAUCCAAAUCCUACAUAUUUACAUCCUGUUACAACCAAACAAGAUGGUUUGAUCGUCAUUGACAGUGAUGCUUCUUCUGAAGAAACCAUAUCAGAUGAUCAAAAUGGUACGCUAUAUAGCAGGUAACGGAAGCUUUUUAGAACCCUGAAGCAUCAACUGAUUUUUCAAGUAAAUCCAUUUUUGUUUUUCUGGUGGGUAUUUUUCAAGUAAACUUCAUUAAUUAUAGUCAGUUAUAGAAGCAUUCUGUUCAUGAUGCAAGUAAAUUUCAUGAAGGAUUUCAACUCUCUCUAUAUAGGAAAUCAUGAAAGGGUUCUGUCAAUAACCUAUACAGUUACAAAUGCAUUAUAAUUGCAAAUCGUGAAGGAUUUCAACAUCUUUUCCAGUCCAAGAAAUCAAGAUUCCAUACAGGUGAUGGUGAUCAUUCUGUUGAUUGUCUACAAAGGAUGCCCUAUGCUGUCAAUGGCAAUCCAAACAAGUAUUGGUGAUUAUAUGGUUAGUAUGAUUUAAGCAACGGUAUUGUAGGUUCUAAAUGCUCUAAUCCACUUGAGAUGACAUAUUGGAUGAACAUCUGGGAGAAACCAGUGCCAUAGCAUGGAGUUAUUGACACUGGACU